UAUCUUUUGCUGCUUGCUACUGCAGAAUUACGAAAAAUCUGUGAGGUUGAGGAAGCAGAGAGUGAAGAGAAAGAUAGAGAGAUAAGAAGCCAUGGGUUCGAUUUCGCUGCACAUAACUCCUUCUACUACUCUCCCUUUACGCCAUUUCAAAGCUAGAGUCUCUUGUUUCUCUUCUGGGCAUGUAUCAUUUAUCAAAGAUGUAGCUGCCACUGAACCUCCAAUGCAUCUUCAUCACUUACUCAAAGUGCUUCAAACAAGAGGUGAAACUAUUAUAUCUCCUGGAGCUAAGCAGGGACUGAUCCCUCUUGCUAUUCCGCUUUCGAAGAAUUCUUCAGGCUCUGUUACUGCGCUUUUGAGAUGGCCUACUGCUCCACCAGGAAUGGAUAUGCCGGUUGUGGAAGUUUGGAGGAGUGGAGUCCGGCUUAUUGCUAGAAACGUAGAUGAAUACAUUCACCGGAUUCUAGUUGAAGAAGAUGCACAGGAGUUGACAGAACUAUAUCGUGCUUCAGAAGAGGCAGGUGAAAAACUUUACAAAAAGGGUGCUUUUGCUGAAUCUCAAAUUGACAAUCUCGAUGUCUAUGUCUUGAAAAAGGUUGGACUCUUUCCAGAUUUGUUGGAGCGAAAAGUAUUAAGACAUUUUGAUGAAGGAGAUCAUGUAUCAGCUAUGGUGACAGGAGAAUUUUACACAAAGAAAGACCUCUUUCCAGGAUUUGGACGACCUUUUGUAUAUUAUGCAAAUAUACUGCAGAAGGUAGGGCGGAAUUCAGAAGCAAAGGACGCAGCUAGAGUAGCAUUGAAAUCACCUUGGUGGACAUUAGGAUGUCCUUAUGAGGAGGUUGCUAGUAUAGCACAAUGGGAGGACGAGCAGAUCGAAUUCAUAAGGGAAAAGGUGAGUGAUGAAGGUCGUUUUGAAGAUUUAAAGAAAGGCAAAGCUCCAAUCCAAGUUGCGUUGGAUGUUGCGGCUUUUCUCUUGGAUUUGGCUUCUAUUGAAGGAACUUGGUCCGAAUCUUUAAACCAUAUUGCUAAAUGUUACGAGGAAGCUGGAUUACACCAUAUAUCUAAUUUCGUUUUGUACACAGAUUAAAUUUAGAUUAAAUGAAAACCACUUUUAUGCAAGAA